UUCUUUUUUCUUUUCUUAGUUUUUAAUCUUUGUUAAAUUGUCAAAUAAUUUCUUUUCAGAACAUACACACACAAUACGUAACAUACUUACAUGCAUAAUCUCUCUCACACAAAUACACACACACACACAUAAAAAACAUAUGCGCGCAGUUCUUUCUCUCCACGUAUUAAACACUUCUUCCCACUGGAAUCGUUGUCGUAUUUUCGCGACGAUUUUUUUGUAAACUCGAAAGAAACGGGGACGUCGAGAAGCGGCUUAAAAAAAUUAAAAAAAAAAAAAAAAAAAAAAAUAUAUAUAUAAAAAAAAAGAAAAAAAAAAAAAAUACGAAAGAUAUAUUUGCGAGGACAUAUUGAAAAUGAAAGAUAGAAAGAAAGUGAGAAUGUGAGGGAGAACGACGAAGAAAAAGGUACGAGAAAGAUAUUAAGAAUGACAAAAGUGGAUAAGAAAAAAAAAAUAGUUUAAAAUGUCACACACCCACAACCACAACCAACCACCCACAUCCAGACUCACACAUCCACACACACACACAUACAAAACAUAAGCGUACACAGAAACACAUUACAAAUGUACUAGGUAAGUUCAUAACUGCGUAUUGCCUUUCUGACUUCGGUGUGAAAAUAUAUAAAUAAAAAAAAAAAGUCAGUCGUGCCAGGACUCACGGAUUAUCGGAUUAUAUCAUAUAAUAGUUGUUAGUUAAGUCUAUGGGGACAAUGCGAUUGGUUGGACUCUCUUAGUCAGCCUGGUUCUUCUUCUUAUUCUUCUAACUUUAGAUUUAUUUUCUUUAUUUCUUGUUUUUUUAAUACCUAUGAGAGAAGAUUUGAUUGUAAAACGUCUUCUCGAAAAAGAAAAAUCAAAUUUUAAUAAACAAACCACAGUUUGUUUUUUUUUAUAUAAAGAAGAUAUUAAAUUUUUUUCUGUUCGCAAUAUUUGACAAUCUUAUCGCGUUAUUUUCUUUAUACUUUAGAAAAUGAAACGAAAAAAAAAAAAAAGAAAAAGCAUUUGUCUUCUCGAAGAAGAAUCAGACUUAUCGCAAGGAACCCUUUUUCCACGAUAUUUCCGUGAAAUAAUCUCUCAUUAAAAACCGAAAUCCGCGUGUCUAAGGCCCGGCUGUGUCUGUUUCAUGUUUUUCAAUAUUUGUAAUUUAUCGAUAAAAUAUUAUAAAAGGUAUCGAUACAUAACAGUCUAAAGUGUGCGCUACUCUACAUAAUAUUAUUAUAUAUAAAGUAUAAAAGUAUACAUUAUAUAUAUAAAUAUAUAUAUAUACAUAUAUAUUAUAUAUGAGAAGUAUAAUAUAUAUAUAUUAUACACACAUUGGGAUUGGUGAAAAUAUACGGUUUUUUCGCUUUGGAGUGUUAUUUUCUGAAAAUAUUGAACAAAAUAUGGAAAAAAAAAUGAAUAAAAUCAAUGAAUAAAAAAAAAAAACAAGUCGGACGUUUUUUUCAGUGCGAUUCCUAUUUGCUCACUUUGUGUCCGUUUUUUUUUUUUUUUUUUUUUUGUAAAUUUUAUAUUAUUUCUUUUCUUUUUCUCUGUCUUUUUAUUAUAUCCAACCAUCGAGAAUAUAUCUGUGAUCCGUUCGUUAAUUGAUAACGAUGCAAAAUGAAGAAACUAAUUCGUCCAUUGGAUCGUCAAACUCUUCUUCCGUUAGAUAUAUGAGCACGUUACCAAAUUUUGUCAACGAUACUAUUGGGAAAUUAUUAAAAAUUGAUAAUUUCAAGCCGCAAUGUAUGAUCGAAAUAUUAGGAAAUUUUCUUGGUAUCGUAGAUUAUGAAACAAAUUUAGCGACAUUUUGGUUCCUGGAUAUUUUAGCUCUACAAAUACUUCGAAACAAUGACACCUUUGACGAUUAUUCACGUUGCAUCUUUAUCAGCUGGUUAGUAGGAGAAAUGCAAUUGAUUCGAGAUGCAAAAUGUUCGCGCGAAAAGUUCUUCAAUAAAAUGGAAGUAAUAUUCACCGAGACUGCUAAGAAAAUCGUUCAAGGUGAAAAGAUUCCUCAUUGGAAUCUAAUUAGGUUUGGUGAUGCAGAGAUGAAAUCGGAAAUGGAAGAGGAAGAGAGAAAAUUAUCGCAAGAACACGAUUCAUCCUCGCUAAGGGAUUUGAAAUCGAGAACGCAAACUCUGACAGAAAAAAACUGGAAUGAGGAAGAAAUACUUUUAGACGUAAUUAUUCGGUCCACGUACGACAUGUACGCCGGGGAAGUACGUUACGCUCUCGUUUAUGCGGUAUUUGUGGAACCGAUUGAGAUACAGGUUGACAAUUUACCUUUUAGUUUUCGAAAACCUCGUCCAGUUCGACUGGCAGAUUCAAACGUUGAACAUUUUUAUAUACGACUUCGAAACAGUUUGCGAAAAGUCGAAGAACAGGAUAGCAAAAAGAUUAGAAAAGUUACAUCAAAGAAAAGUACGAAAGGUACGAAAAAGUUACAACGUCUAAAGGAGGAAUCAGAAAAAGAAUAUCCACCACAACCACCGAAUUCUUUACCGGACGAAGAUAUCAUCUCGAAUGAACGGAAUUUUAUUUUACCAUUGAUAGAAUCGAACGAAGCUGUUGCUGUUUUUGAACUUCACCGUGGGACGAUAUAGUUGUUGGCGAAUUUUAUGUAUCAUUCUUACUUAUAAUAUAGCAUAAGUAACUUAAAGAAUAAUGAUUAUACAAAUUAAUUUUUAUUUUUCCUUACUUUAAUUUAAUAUUAUAUAAAGAUAUUAUGUUAUAGAAGAAAUCUGUUUUGUCGAUAUCAUCGUACCCCAUUCUUGACAUUUAAAGUCUAUGAUAUUUUUACGAUCUAACGGAAUGUCUAAUAAAAAAAAAAUGCUAGAA